AUGUCCGACGAUGAAGAGCUUGAGGGAUUCCGGAGGGCGAUCUUCGCCCACGACGACGGGGCGCCUAUGUGCUUCUUCUUCCACAAGAGUCUCCACAACGCGGGUGCAAGAGAGGCGCUACAGGACAAGCUGGAGACCCACGGCGGAAUAGUGGUUGAAACUGACGAGGAGGCUGACGUUAUUCUGGUCGAUCCGACUUCCGCAUCUGGGGAUCGCGACAAGCUGAGACACGCGUACAAGACGCACUCGAACGCCCAACUCGCCCGUGUUUAUGUGGAGGCGAUGGGGUGGGUCAACCAAUGCAUCAAGACCGAAAGCUGUCAACAUGUGUAUAUCCAAAGAGCUAUGGGUGGGGCCACAAGACCGGGGAGAAUGAGAAUCGAGUUUAGUGCUGAAGACGACGACAAAUUGAUCCAUUACUUGGGAGUCCUCAUACCCGACAAGUCAGACGGUGGACGACUGGGCAACGCUGUUUACCAGCGGCUCGUGGAGAAUGCUGUCGUCAUGCCAGACGAAUAUGGCUGGGCCAAGCGACACACCUGGCAAAGCUGGCGCGAACGAUAUAAGAAAAAUCAGCCUUGGUUCGAUGCACAGAUCCGGAAUUUGCGGGCAAGCGAAUGGACUGCACCACAUCAGCGAUACGAUUAUUCUCGAAGAGCAGUGAAACGAGUUAAAUAUUUUGAUGAUUAUGAAGACGAAGAAGAGGAGGAAGAGGAAGAGGAAGAAGAAGAGGUGGUACCCUCAAACCUCAAGCGACGAAUAUCAGAGCAUGAAUCCCAACCUACCCCGAAGCGUCCACGAACAGAUCCAAGACCACCUUUCAAGGGCAAAGGGCCAGAGCAAAUCACGCAGAAGAACAAAAACAAGGUCAAGGGAAAACAGAAAGCGCAACCUCAAAAAGAAUCUCCUGAACGUUUUCAAAGCUACGACCCCUUGUUCUCUGACCCACCAGUCGAACCAAGCCUGCAGCUACCUCCCAUCGAAGCUCAAGAUAAUAUUCAGCCUGUACCGUCGCCGUCGCCUGCGCCUCGAAAACCGACAGGGAAAAGACGUCAAGACAAAGCGAAAAUCUUGAGCAAAGAAAAGCCCAUGAACGAUAUGCCUGCGCGAAAUACCCGGUCCCGUUCCCGAUCUGUCGGGCCUGUGGCUGAUAAUAUCGUCACGGCUGGCAAGAAAAGACGCAGGGGUGUUAAUAAGAAGGGUAAGGAACUACAAGCUGUAGUUGAGAAUGAUGAGCGGGUUGAACAAGAGGGUGCUGUUGAGGACGAGCGACAGGGUCAGUCAGAAACACAAGCAGAAGAGAACAACGUCGAGGAACUGCUGGCAAAUGUGAGUGGCGUUUCCGAAGAGCCACCACAGGAUGAAGAAGAAGAAGAGAUUAUGCCCCCUCCUCCAGUCCCCACGAACUCUCGUAUAAUUGUUCAACGGCAGCAGUCACUCGAGACAGACGACGGCCAAACGGAUUUGGCAUUUCCAGUCCCAAGGCCUACCGCUUACCCACGCGAUUCAGCACGGGAAAUUCUGGGCAGUCUUCGAAGCGGAAGAAUGGGUAGUCGACGACCAGAAGGAACUCGCGAUUCCAAGUCACCCAUCAGCUAUACGACUGGGCGACGGGUACACGAACAGCAAAACUUUUCGCCUGAUGUAUUUUCUGCUGGACCUUUGCGGUUUGGGUCUGAGCUGCGCAGCGGUCGUUGGUCCACCAUUCGCUCAAGAGAAUCGAGUGCCGAAUCGUUUCCGCUCAACGGGACCAGGGCAAAAUCAGUUAAGCAUGAUCUGACGCAGCAGGAGAAAAUGUCGCCCUAUAACCCGCCGAGUGGGACGAGAGCAGCAGAAGUUAUAAGAUCAAGUUCAAGGCGGUCAAGAGUGUAG